AUGGACACCAUUGAGCCUCGUGACCUUCACACGCCCAGCCCGUAUGUUUUUGCUUACUCGCAAGCCAUCGACCGACAGUACAGUACCCGAGAGCAGUGCUGUGAUUCAGAGCCCAAGACAGCCGAGAUGAGUGAUCCAUGGGUCAGUUUCUCCGUUUUAAAGGAGAAGAAGAAGAAGAAAAAAGGAAAGAAGCACAAGGCCGACGAGGAGCUGGUGCAGAACCAAUUUUGCCACUUCUUUAUACCACAAACAAAGUCCGAUAGUGACAUCUCUCCAGAAGAAAGAGGAUUGAUGCUUUUCCACACAGCUAGCAGCUUGUUCGAGUGGUUUUAUAUGCCUCAGAAUACCAGUACUGCCUCUACUCUCCUGGUUGGCCUCCUAGACGGCAUCUUCCGUAUUGCUCCCAUGUCUUACAUCCCGGCCAGACAACAGGUCCUCGCCCUUCGGUCUUUUAAGAACGCAUUUGAUGGGAACAUCAUGGCGGACCGCUCUCUCCGACGCUUUCCCAAGCUGAAGAAAAUCACCCCAGCCGGAGACAAGCAGGAAGACGAUGCCGUGCCUCACGCAAAUCAAAUCAUUCCAUUCAUUAUGGCGCGGCUCAGAAGGGCUGGCUUGCGUCCGGCAGGCUACAUUUCUCGCCACGCACAACCCGAAACUGGCUUUACAUCAAGUCUUUUCGUUACUGGCGGUCCAGGCCGGAAGGGGAAACGAGAAGCUCCCCUGAGCUUGGUGUUGCGGCUCACACGGAAGAAAGACCCACACUACCGGGGUUCUCAGGACAUGAUCGUCACCAUUAACGGAUUGGGAGUGACGAUAGGUGAUCUCAUUGCCCUUCCUCCCUCAGACGAUUCCCAAGCCCCCACAGUCGACGCUUGCGUCAAGGAUAUUAUCAUUCUACAGAGGGGGGAACCAAAAGACCUUAGGAAGCCCGACUUCUUGUGA